AUGGCAUCACACUGCUGCCUUAGUAUUCUCGGUAACGGAAACGCUGCUCAAAUGUUUGAGAGAAUUUUCGAUAGAUCUUUGUCAAAAGAAGUGGUCGCGGAAGCCUUUGGGGAGGAUAACGAGCUGAGAAAUGAGGUCAUGAAGAUCAUCAUAGCAUGCUUCUACUGCAGUACCCAUCACUACACCAUCAGGUGGAGGAUGCCAUUUGUUGUGUGGAUGCUUGGCGAGUUCUCAGCAGCUCUUCCAAACCUUGACGAUGGAGUUAGGGUUAUCGAGAGAAGCCUGGGAGAGCUACCGUUACCUGACCCUCUUCCUACAAAAUUUAGCUGGUUUGAAGAAUGUAGAAGACUCAUCGUCCAAGGAGAUGAAGCCGAAAUCAAACAGGAAAUAAUAUCCACUCUGACUAUUCUGAAGCAGUUUCCCCCACCACCGGAAAAUCUUCCAUUCUGCUGUAUCAGUCUUGCUGGUGGAAACACGGGAAAAGCAGGCCAAAUGUUUCACAACAUAUUCCGUGGAAACUCCUCAAUAUGUGACGUCGUGAAAGCAUUCUAUGAGGAUGAGCAGCUUAGGAAAGAUGUCCUGAGGAUGAUAAUGGUAUCGUUCUACUGUCCAACCCAUCACGAUUUCAUCAAGGAGAGGAUGAGAUUUGUGAUUUGGAUUCUGGAUGCCUUUGCAAAAUCAUUUGCAGAGAUGGAGGAUGCCAUUACUGUUAUCAAAAGGAGCCUUGGAGAUGUCCCUUUCCCCAAGGAUCCUGCUGAAUCUAAGUGGUUUGAACAUUGUCGAAGCAUGGUUUACAUGGAGAGAGAGGCUGAGAUCCAAGCUGAGAUAGCUACUCUGCUCACCAACCUCUACUGGCGACUUGAUCCAAGCAAACUUGAUCCAAACCCUCAGCUUGUAUAUUAUGGCUUAAAGCAAAAGUUCAGUGUGGUGAGGACCUCUAUCGUUCGAGUGUUGGCUGCUUUGUCCCAUCUUCCAAAGCCACAGGAAUAUCACGAUUUCGAUGACGAAUAUAUUGCAGCCCGGAUCAAAAAAUGCAUGAUGAGUUUCUUGGAUAAAGAUCCAGCCCUCUUCCGAAAUUACAUUUGGUCAUCAAUGGAUAUGGUUAGCAAUUGCACCACGAAAUUGGAAGAAGAUGAACAGAAACUACUGGAUGAUGAGAAUAGCCAUUAUUGGGAUAUCCUACGACUUGGACUUGGGAAUUUCAGUCCUCCGUGGGAUCUGAGAAGGAAGGGUCCUGACUGGUAA